AACGAACGAAUCGAUCCAGCUCCUUGCAAGGCAAAAGCCAUUUAAAUCGCUUUCCGGUUAUAUAAAGCAGGAAUAUGACGACCACCUAUGUCACCGGCGGUCCAGUGCCCGUCCAGCAAACGACGUACAUUACCACAGGCCCACAGCCCAUACAGACCACUUAUAUCACCAAUGGGCGGCAACCACCACCGCCACCUCCACCAACCACGGUUGUGAUCACCACCGAAUCUAACAGACGCUGGGCAACUCCAUCUCAAACACAAUCCGGCACAGCAGCAACCCUUCUUUUUGUGUACGCUGGUAUGGACAUGGCUCAAGGCCUCGGCUGGAACUUGACCAGCGUUUUCGCCAACACUCUGGAGUUGCAGUACAGUUGGUUUAUUGGAGUGAUCAUAGGAACUGUGGUGGCCGCCAUCACAACAGGUUUUCUGCCCAAAGUAGUCUUCUAUGGUCUUGGCGGUGUGAUGAACCUAAUAGACGCAAUCAUCUUUGUGAGUGCUCCAUAUCAGUACGAAUCCAUACUGGCUGCCCGGUAUGUGGGUGGAGUGGGCAUAGGACUGAUCACCGUGCCAUUCCUCAUCCACAGUGCUGAGAUAGCUUCCAGUUCUAAUCGAGGAACCUGCAGCGCCCUGGAGCAAUAUGGCUUGGCUUUGGGAGUUGCUAUUCAAGUGAUCUACGAUUCCCAGUGGACGCAGUAUUUGGGCAUGUCCAGUAACCGGGUACAUGGCAUCUUCGGAAUCGUCUUCACCGCCAUAGCAUUGGGCAGUGUGGCUAUAACAAUAGAUUCACCGAUCUUCUAUAUCCGCCAGAAUCAGGAGCAAAGAGCACGAAACAGUGUGAAGCAGCUAAUGGGUGCCUUUUGGUCCCGAGAGGCGGGAGAUCAGGCCUACGACGAAGCCAAGCUGUACGUUGUGGAGGGCAGCAGCCAGGGAGUCGGAGAGCAGCUGGGGGAAUCCAUGAUGCCCUUCCUGAAACUGCUCUUUUUCCGCUGCUUCGUGGCCUUCACCUUCUCUGUGCCGCUCUCCGAUUCAAUGGUGGAGACUACGAUUUUUGAGGAGGGCUCUACGUACUCCUGGCCCACGAUCAUAUACGCCAUUCUCCGCCUGAUCGGAGCCCUGAUUACCUUCGGCAUCCUCGACACCGUUGGCCGGAAGUUUGUUUCACUCCUUGGACUCAUGUGCAUGGCAGGAUUGAUGCUGGGCAUGGCUGGAGUCUACGGGGACUACGCCCACAUCACGAACCCCUACUUUAUGUGGCAAGUCUGUCGCCUGGGUAUGGCAUUCCAGUUCUUUGCCGGACUCUACGUAUGCAGCACAUCCUGCUAUCUGGGUGAGGCCUUUCCAAUGAGAGUGAAGCCCUUCCUGAUUGGCCUGAUCGUGUGCCUGGAGCAGGUGAUUCACAUCAUUGUGAUUGUCAAAUUCGAACCUACAGCUGAGUCCUUCUACACGUACUUCGUGGCCGUGGGUAUAAUCAUGGUCAUAGGCCUGGUGGCCUUUGCAGUUCUAAUGCCGGAGACCCGAGGAUUGAGUCUAAGGAAGGCGGGCGAACGCUUCCGACGAGUUCACGAUGUCAUGGCCUACUAGAUGGGCUUCUAUUUAAUUUUUGUAUUUUGUGAUCUAAUAAAAUGUUUCGCCCUCAAAUAGAUGAAAA